UUUAUCGCACGUGUCCAGUUUGGAAAACGAGCCGCGUAGCGGCGAGUUUUCCAAAGGACAAGUGCGAUAAAACGGCUUAUGAAACGAGUUAUUUAUACUACUUUUUCUAUUUCGCGUGAUUUCUAUUGUAAAAAACUAAAAAUAGUUCAAAAUUCUGUACUACUUCACAUUAGUUGUAAAUGUUAAGUUGGUAGCACUGGUUCGCUUUUUCAAAUUGAAAAUUUUGAAGUUUCAAUUUUUGCGCAGAUAUAGCGAAUUGCCAUUUGGUACUGCAAUUUUUGUGAAAUAGAAAUGGAAGAGCAGCACGAAAUCAUAACUUGCACGCCACCUGAAUUGCGGGAAAUAGCAAACAGUACCGUAGAUAAUUUGCUUCCGCAGAAAUCGAAACUAAAAUAUGAAAAGGAAUACCUUAAAUUUGACCAGUGGUGUAAAGAAAAUAAAGCCCAACACAUUUCGGAGAAUGUUUUAUUAGCAUAUUUUGAAUUACAAACUCAUUUGAAAAAGCCAUCGUCAUUAUGGUCAAUGUACUCGAUGCUACGAUCCUACCUAAAUGUGCAUAAAAAUGUAGAUAUAUCAAGAUACGUCAAGUUACAAGCACUGCUAAAAAGAUUUUCGCAAGGCUAUGAGCCAAAAAAAUCAAAAAUUUUAGAUUUAGAGCAAAUUAAUCGAUUUAUUCAGGAGGCUGACGACAAGCAUUAUUUAGAUACAAAAGUUAUUUUAAUAAUGGGCUACAGUGGGGCAUGCAGACGCGAGGAGCUGACUAAUAUGGCACUGGGCGACAUCCAAUAUAAAAAUGAUAUUGUUGUUGUAUCGGUGCCUAAAACAAAAACAAAUGUAAUGAGACAGUUUGUCAUCACCGAGAAAUUGUGGAUUGAUAUUAUAAAAAAAUAUAGCAGCAUACGCCCAGUUAAUACUUGCCAUCAACGAUUCUUUGUAACAUACCGUAGUGGUCGCUGCAUUACUACUUCGAUCGGAAUCAAUACAAUGGGCAAGACGCCACGAAAGAUUGCAGAGUUUCUACAAUUAGCCAAUCCGGCACAAUACACUGGGCACUGUUUCCGGCGUUCAAGUGUCUCACAUUUAGCUAACAGCGGUAGUGACUUGGUCACCAUUAAACGACAUGGCGGGUGGAAGUCCUCCGCGGUUGCCGAAGGAUAUAUUGAAACGUAGGUUCAACGAAAAGUGGAAGUUGCAGG